CGCUAUUGUCCACGAGUUGCUUCCUGUAACCUUAGGAGAUACUGGACUGUUCACGACGAUAGAAACACGACAACAAAGGCUUCUCUCCAUCCUGAGCUGAGAUACACUUACAUACCUGUUCCUUAUCGACCGCCCACAGUGGCCAUGUCGCAGUUCAGCGCUGCUGUGACACCAGGAAGGUCGCUGGGGUUUCUAGCUCUAGGAUCCUCCCUCCACGACAUCGUAACAAGACUCAAAGCCGAACCCCAAACCUUCGGCAAGCUCGAACUGAUCUACUCCCCCGACCACCCCGUCACCGAGCCCGUCAUCGUGAGCCUCCCCACCAACGGACUCCGCCUCCGCUUCGACGGCCCCGAACAACGCCUCCGACUCAUAGAGAUCACCGACUUCUCCAAGAGCAAGCUAACCUACAAAAACAUCGAUAUCGUCAAGCCCGCCAGCCCUGCCUCUCCCAGUAGCACAUCAUCCAGCAUCCCCGACUCCUCCUCAGCGGGGCCAACAUUCAAACACAUCUACAACAAGCUCCUCGCGCCCUCCUACCCAGGCGACUAUGUCCCCCCCGACGCGAACGGAGACGGCAAAUACGGCGUCUACAUCCUCUCCUACCCAGGCAUAGCAUUUACCUUCCCCGUCCUCGCCUCGACCUGGAACCCCUCCAAAGACUACGCCACCAUGCUCGCGCUGCCCUCCACCAAGCCCGCGACCUCGAUGGCCGUCUUCAUCGGCGACAGCUGGGUCGAGGCGCAGAAAGUGCUGUAUGACGAGCUCCUCGAAGAUCCGCGCUCUUACUCCCCGAGCCAUAAGGGGAAAGACGUUUACCCUGAUGAGAUAAGCCUCGUGAAUAUCUUCGGCGAGGGAAAACUCCGCCUCGACCGCGCGUGGGGGUCUACACCCUUCUGGCUGUUCCUGGGCCAAACCACACCCCAAGAACUGGUCGCCGAGUUAGGACCACCGGACGCAAUAUACCGUAAAUCCGACCAGCGAAUGGCAAUCCACAAAGCGCGCGCAGGCAGCGAAAGCCAACAAACCCGCCCUCACCUCGAACCCCCAGGUCAAGAUGACUCAACAGACACCGACGCAUCAUCGAUCCGCACCGGGACCUCCGUUUCAGGGGAUGAAUCGGACAGCGGAUCCGUGGACGGUAAAAUGUCCAAGGAGUGUUUUUACAAUUACUUCUACCACGGCUUCGACAUCCUCGUUUCUCCCCCCACCUCCCCCUCUCGUCCACCCCCCUCCACCCCCACCGCCAUCUCCGACGACCACCCCUCCCCCCCAGACCAAACACUACUCUCCCCCGCCCCCCUCGUCGCCACAAAACUAAUCCUCCACUCCAACAUCCCCGGCUCCUACGCAUUCAACCGCCACCGUCGCUGUCGCUGGUCUCUCUCCUACCUCUCCUCCCCCUCGCCACCCACCUCUGAAUCGCCCUACUCCGAGAUCGCAACCCGGCUGCACGAGGAGUGGAAGUCCAUAUAUGCGACGGAGGAGGAGGCUGUGCAGAGACAGAGGGGCAUGGUGCUUAAUAGGGAUUGGGGCGAUAGUCCGGGGAGUAGUGUUGAUUUGCUUGGGGAUUGGGAGGAAGGGACGACUGGGGCGGGGGGAAGGGGGGAGGGGGUGGCUAGUGCGGGGGGGAAUGGGGGGUUGGGGAAUACGACUCUGUAUGGGUUUCCGGGGUUGGUGUUUGAAGUGUUGAGAGGGGGGGUGGUGUGUGGGUUGACUGUGUUUUGAGGGUUCUAUCUUUUUAGGGGGGUGGAGGGGGUGGGAAGAGGGGUUAUGGUGUUAGAGGGGGAGCAUUUGAGUGCGUGGGUGGUAUGGGGUUUGGGAGGUAUUGAUAUAACAAUCCGGCGGGCUAUUCUUCCAUCACUCGAGGCGAGCAUGCUAUGUAUAUACCUAUCACGUUAUGCUUGUUUGAAUGCCAUUACUAUCAGCCAAAACCGUCAAUCCCACAGAAGUUAUCUCACAUAAAAUGAAUGUCGACCGACUGAAGCAAAACACAUAAGUUCACAACCACGCAUCAAAAGCAAG